AUGAUGCUAGCGGCACGCAUGUGUGGGAGGCAAUACCAUGGCAUCGGUGCCUCACGAUCCGCUGGGCUCUACGGGCUUAUAAGGUUAUACGCAUUUCAUACAGGGCGCGUUCGUUCUCGUCAACCGCGCCGUCCUCGUACACAGGGCGAGCAAUUCGCCGAGCUAUUACGCGAGCGCAUGGAAGAACAACUGAAGCAUUCCACGCCACCAAUAAAGAGAGCAACAUACCAGCGACCAUCAACUUACAGAGUGCCUGCACAACCAGUAAACCAAUUCGUUGAAGCCAGGCGGCGUGCUUCUGGGGUGGUAGAUCAUCCUCGACUCAGUCUUGUGGCAAUCAUUCUGGGAGGUGCAGGCAUUUAUUAUGUAUGUCAUCUAGAGCAAGUACCCUCAACAGGACGUUGGCGAUUCAUUGAUGUGGGUCCCUUGGACGAGUGGAAAAUGGGACAAGAAGCAUAUCGAAGUGUCCUGCAACAGUACAAUGGCCGCAUACUUCCAUCUUGGUCGGUACAACAUGCUCAGGUGAACCGCGUGGCUCAGCGUAUCAUCCAAGCUUGUCGGUAUCUAGACAUACAUCGCGCGCAAGGCGCACCCCCAUCACAAUGGACCGUUCAUGUCGUCAACGAUCCACGCCAAAAGAAUGCGUUUGUUCUCCCUGGUGGCCACAUUUUUGUUUUCACAGGCAUAUUACCUGUUUGUGAAAAUGACGCGGGUCUGGCAACCGUUCUGGCGCAUGAGGUGGCCCACCAAAUUGCUCGACAUUCGGCUGAGAAGAUGGCCGGCAGUAAAAUCUUGAUGGCAGGAGCUUUCGCACUGGAUAUGUUGGGCCUAGAUAUUGGUCUCAGUCGGAUCAUGCUCAACCUUUUAUUGUCUUUGCCUAACUCACGCCGCAUUGAAAGUGAAGCAGAUGAGUUGGGCUUGCGAAUCAUGUCACAGGCUUGUUAUGAUCCAAGACAGGCUGUCCAAUUCUGGCAGCGCAUGAAUGCAGACGAAGCUCGCAGCGGCCCGCUGGCUGAUUCGGCCAGACAGCUUUUGUCCACACAUCCUGUGAAUUCCCAGCGUAUCUCAAAUAUCCAACAUUGGUUGCCCUAUGCCGAGCGCAUUUACCACAGCCAACAUUGUGGAUCGACAAUGCCGGCAAUUCAAGCUCUGCAGAGAAACGCUUCAUUACAACCCAUCCCUGUAAAUUAG